AUUACAACCACUUCCGGGAAGCGUCGACAUGAAGCGUGAAGACGGAAUCACACCGACCCGCGAAAACUGUGUUUACAGCAGCUGUUACUGUGAAGAAAAUGUUUGGAAACUUUGUGAGUUUGUCAAGAAGGAGAGAACCGCACCACUGGAACAUCUGUCUGUGGUUUUCAUCUCAAAUGAGAACCGAAUGGUUCCUCUGUGGAAACAGAAGUCUGGAUGUGGAGACCAGCCGGUGAUCUGGGACUAUCAUGUGAUCUUGAUGGUCAGAGGUCUUCAGUCGGACGCUCUAGUUUAUGAUCUGGACUCUGAGCUGUCGUUUCCCUGCAGCCUGAAACUGUACGGUGCCAAGGCCCUGCGCUCCGAUCGCAGCAUCAGACCCGAGUACCACAGGAAGUUGCGUGUCGUUCCUGCUGACAGCUUCCUGUUGAAGUUUGCGUCUGAUCGAUCUCACAUGAAAGCGCCUGAUGGGUCCUGGAAGAUGCCGCCACCACCAUAUCCCCCCAUUCACACUGCAGAGAGUCACAUGAACCUGGAUGACUUCAUCAGUAUGGACCCUGCUGUCGGCUGGGGGACGGUCCUCAGUCUAGAUCAAUUCCUGCGGAGCUACGCAGAAAACUCUUCAUCAGCGUCAUCAUCAGCGUCAUCAUCAGUGUCAUCAUCAGCGUCAUCAUUAGCGUAGCUGUUGCUGCAGACAUUCAUGUUUUUUGAUUUGUAAGAGUCAGACGCAUGUGGACAUAAAAACUUUUAGCCAUGGUGCAUUUCUGCAAAACUAAAUAAUGAGCUUCAGCAGCAACAGCAGUGGAGGCUCAUAAACAAAUAAUUCAAACCUGCAGUUGGAAUUCUUUCAGGACAUAAACCAGUGCGAUGGUUCUGUUCCCAGGAGAGUUUGGACGUUCCCAACAUUAAGAUGUUAAGGAGCAGACACAGCGACUCACUCGUCUGUACCUGCACACACACGGUUCCUGGAUCAGGUUUUUUCCAACCUGAUUUAGCAUUUCCUGGUUUGAACCAUAGACUGACAAAGAUGAAUGUCAUGAAAGAACUGCAAGACUAAGGUCAAGUCAUAUCAAGCACCCCCUGACUGCUGACUAGUAUUGGUCGUAAACCCUCCUCCUCCAUGUGAGCAGGUGGGACAUGGACUAAACUAAACAUCUCAAAAAGUAAACGUCAAAUAAAUAUUUGUUAAAGA